UUGUCUGCCGUGUAAGCUUGUUGGGUUGGGUCUAUAAAUAGCAAGCAGGAGAAUGAGUAAGGGCGCUUCAUUCACUCCUUUAUUUUUUAUCGUCCUUGCAUUCCUUCCAGCCGUAUCUUCUUCAUCUACUGUCACUCGCAAGUUUCAGUCUUUUCAGAGAAUGGGAAGUAAUGAUGGAACUGACUAUGGUGCAUACACCUAUAACGAGCUUGAGAGGGAACUUUACUGGCCAUCUGAGAAACUCCGGAUCUCCAUCACUGGGGCAGGUGGUUUUAUCGCUUCCCACAUUGCUCGUCGGUUGAAGAGUGAGGGCCAUUACAUUAUUGCUUCUGACUGGAAGAAGAACGAGCACAUGACUGAAGAUAUGUUCUGUCAUGAAUUUCACCUUGUUGACCUUAGGGUCAUGGACAAUUGCUUGGAGGUUACUCAGGGAGUUGAUCAUGUGUUUAACCUUGCUGCUGAUAUGGGCGGGAUGGGUUUCAUUCAGUCCAACCACUCUGUUAUUAUGUAUAACAAUACAAUGAUUAGCUUUAACAUGCUUGAGGCUUCUAGGAUCAAUGGAGUUGAGAGGUUUUUCUAUGCCUCUAGUGCAUGCAUCUAUCCUGAAUUUAAGCAGUUGGAUACCAAUGUAAGCUUGAAGGAGUCUGAUGCCUGGCCUGCUGAGCCUCAAGAUGCUUAUGGCUUGGAGAAGCUUGCAACCGAGGAGCUUUGCAAGCACUAUACCAAAGACUUUGGAAUUGAGUGCCGUAUUGGAAGAUUCCACAAUAUUUAUGGCCCUUUCGGUACAUGGAAAGGUGGACGGGAAAAGGCUCCCGCUGCGUUUUGCAGAAAGGCUAUCACUUCUACUGACAAGUUUGAGAUGUGGGGUGAUGGACUUCAGACCCGAUCUUUCACCUUCAUCGAUGAAUGUGUAGAGGGUGUGCUCAGGUUGACAAAGUCAGACUUCCGUGAGCCAGUGAACAUCGGGAGUGAUGAGAUGGUCAGCAUGAAUGAGAUGGCUGAGAUUGUUCUGAGUUUUGAGGACAAGAAGCUCCCUAUUCAUCACAUUCCUGGCCCUGAGGGUGUUCGUGGACGUAAUUCAGACAAUACACUGAUUAAAGAGAAGCUUGGCUGGGCGCCGACAAUGAGGUUGAAGGACGGGCUGAGAAUUACAUAUUUCUGGAUCAAGGACCAGAUUGAGAAGGAGAAAGCUCAAGGUAUUGACCUGUCUAUUUAUGGGUCAUCUAAGGUGGUUGGAACUCAAGCCCCAGUUCAGCUGGGUUCACUGCGUGCUGCUGAUGGGAAAGAAUGAAGUGGAUAAACCCCAUGGUUGUAGUAGUUGCCCUAGAAAAGCCAAGUUUUAUUGUGUUUAUCGUAAUGGCUUAUGAAGGUAUUUAUGGUUGUGGAGCUCUAUGAGGCUAUUUAUGAGUAUGCAUAAUUAUUAAUUUUGGAUUUGGUGUCUAGUUUGUACUGUGUAGGAGAAGGGAGAAGCUUUGGUGCUCCCAUUGUAUUAAAUCUGGCUUUUCAACAACAGCUACUAUGAUCAUCGGCUUAUGUUGUCAACUGUUUAUCAAUAAUAAGCUCUACUUUCAUUCA